CAGCUAACCAGUAACCACCCGGAUAGGGCCAGGGCAUCCACCCGCCCCCAGCUAGAUCCAGAUCCAGAUCCAGCAACCAGCAUGGGCCGUGGCGUGGCGUGCUUGCAGCUGCAGUCCUGCACGUCUUGCCGCUUUGAUUGCCUUCUCCUUCCCGCAACUACUCAUCCUUUCCAUCAAAACUGAGCAAACCCCUCAUCCUAUUCUCGCGCCCGGCGUCUCCCUUCUCCAACCUCCGUUUCUAAUCCGCGCUGCUAAUCCCACUCCCAGUCCCAGCUCGUCCGCUGAGAUGGACAGUAGCAGCCUCAAAUCCGCGCAGCUCCUGGAGCUGAUGCGCCAGCACCUGGCCACCGAUGCCGGCAAGGAGGUCACCAAGAAGGUCGGCCUCGUCUACCAGCUCAACAUCGCCCCCAAGAAGAUCGGCGUUGAUGAGGAGAUCUUCGUGGUCGACCUCAAGAAGGGCGAGGUCACCAAAGGGCCGUACCAGGGAAAGCCGGAUGCCACUUUCUCCUUCACGGACAACGAUUUCCUUGGAAUCGCCACCGGCAAGACGAAUCCGCAGAUUGCAUUCAUUCGAGGGGCGAUUAAAAUCAAGGGGAGCAUCAGUGCGGCGCAGAAGUUCACCCCUGACAUCUUCCCCAAGCCUGCUAAGCUGUAGAAGGGUUCCACAUGAUGUAUUGCCAGCCAUUGAAACACCGCUGUUGCUCUUCUUCAACCUUUCAUGUGAUUCAUCUGGAGCAGCUUAUAUGAUCUGACGAUAAUUGAUAUUUUGCGAUAUAAGUCCAGUGCGGUGAUCGUGUAUGUGGUAGAAUAUGACUGAACUGUUGUAUAGUAUAAAAACACGGAACUUGUUGUAUAGUAUAAAAACACGCCCUUGAAUUUCUGAGUAUAUAUGUAACAUAAGCUUGUGUCGUUUAAGAUUAAAACCAAACCUUUCUUGUGUUGUUUGUGGAGCCAGUCCAAUUAUUUCUUGUUA